UCACGGAAACAAAGAGGUGUUCUCCUGCUGGGGCAUCCAGCUGGCAGUAGAUUGGUUUCGAGAGAGGGGGCACACGUACAUCAAGGAUUUUGUCCCACUCUGGAGAAAGGACCCCCCUCGGCAAGACAGUCCCAUUGCAGAUCAGCAUAUUCUUGAAGAGCUUGAAAAGCAAUCGAUCCUUGUGUACACCCCAUCCCGAAAGGUGAAAGGCAAGAGGGUAGUUUGCUACGAUGAUCGCUACAUAGUGAAAGUUGCUUAUGAGAAAGAUGGGGUCAUUGUUUCCAACGACCACUAUCGGGAUCUCCAGAAUGAAAAUCCUGAGUGGAAAUGGUUUAUUGAGCAGCGACUACUUAUGUACUCUUUCGUCAGUAACAGGUUUAUGCCUCCUGACGAUCCCUUAGGCCGGCAUGGACCCACCCUUAAUAACUUCCUCAGCAAAAAGCCAGUGCUUCCUGAACCAAAAUGGCAGCCUUGCCCCUAUGGUAAAAAAUGCACCUAUGGCAAUAAAUGCAAAUUUUACCACCCAGAGAGAAGACAUCAAGCUCAGCUCUCAGUUGCCGAUGAACUCAGGGCCAAAAUAAAGGUUCCGUUCAGCGUGGGGAAAGAGGAGGAGGAGAAGUGCAACCACUCACUCUACAGGGCUGGAGGAGAGCCUGCACCCUGUGACGCCUGCACAGAAACACUGCAAGAAGCCAGCGGCUCCGCAGGGACUUCCACCUACCCAGGGUGGUCCCGGGGGGGCUGUCCUGAGCAGCCGGGCAGUGCCUGGGCUUGUGGCCCCGGCUCUGAACUGGGGCCAGACCAGCGGUUGCUACGGCAAGAGCUGCUGCCAGACCAGCCUCUCCUGGAGAUGUCAGCACUAUCCAUCGGUGACAACACCUACUGCUACAACUGGUCCACAGAUACCUCUCAGGACAGAGAGGUGACAGACAGCCCUCAGCACUGUGGUGCCUUCAGACAUAACCCACACUGGCUUCAUCACCACCAUCACUUGGACAACACUCGCUUACCGGGAAGCUCUUUCCAGCAAACGGUGCUCCCGUCUGUCCGGGGCAGGAUGCUUCCAGGCCACAGCUGGCCUCAGGAGUGCUGCGGCAUGCACAGG